AUAUCAUCUAGCAUACAUACACCUGCUUACACUCCCAUACAUCUGUACAAACACUCAGCAACAUGGACCUCUUCAAACUAAGCGGCCGAACAGCCUUCGUCACAGGCGGCACCCGUGGCAUCGGCCAGCAGAUGGCUAUAGCCCUUGCUGAAGCGGGUGCCGAUAUCAUUUUAGUACAGCGCAACGAAACAAACCUCGAAACAAAAUCACACAUCGAAUCCCUCGGCCGCAAAGCAUCCAUUUACACUGCGGACCUGUCAAACCGCGAAGAUGUCUCAAUCCUCGUGAAAAAAGUUCUCAACGACGGACACGAUAUCUCCAUCCUCUUGAACUGCGCAGGGAUACAGCGUCGGCAUCCAGCUCAUAUCUUUCCGGAUGAGGAUUGGGAUGAGGUCCUCCAAGUAAACCUCUCCACUAUCUUCACGCUCUGCCGGGAUAUAGGCGCGUACAUGCUCACUCGCCAACCGCUCUCUGGGCGUAACAGUAGCCACCGUGGAACCAUAAUCAACGUCGCCAGUCUCGUCUCCUUCCAAGGCGGUCUCACAGUCCCCGCCUACGCAGCCGCAAAAGGCGGCGUUGCGCAAUUGACAAAGGCACUAUCAAACGAGUGGUCUGCGCGCGGCGUUAAUGUUAAUGCCAUUGCGCCGGGCUAUGUAGCUACAGACAUGAAUGAGGCGUUGUUGAGGGAUGAGCAGCGUGCGGAGAGUAUUUUGGCGCGGAUUCCGAUGGGGCGGUGGGGUGAGCCUGAAGAUUUCAAAGGGGUGACGGUUUUUCUGGCAAGUCGGGCGAGCGCAUAUGUUACUGGGGAGGUUGUUACGGUUGAUGGGGGGUGGAUGGGGCGGUAACCUACUUUCCUAGGGGGGAUUUGGGAAAAGUCAAGUAAUAUGUAUUUGUCUAUACAAUGUUAGGGCCUGCCCUGUACGCCGACCAUCCGAUCCAAAUACCCGAAAUAUCAACAAUAAGUAUAAUACACAGAAUCGAAAAUCAUUACACAUCAGUCAUUAUAUAUGCCCAUGUUCAUUGGGAGUCUCAGUCUCGGGGCUCGGUGGAUGCCGGCCUGGCGGCUCCCGGCCCAGCUCGCGGAGCUGGAUAUCUCCCGCUUUUGAUGGGUCCCAUUCACCUUCUGGU